AUGGCUUCAGGAUACGGACUCGCUGGUGGCCCAUCCCGCUGCUUCCCCUUCUGGCAAGAAGUCCUCGCCUGCUACGUGACCAACACCUCGGCCGAAGACAACAGCGGCGCCGCAAAAUGCCAGCCCGUCCUCGAGGACUACUACGAGUGCCUGCAUCAUAAGAAAGAGGCCGCACGUACCCUCGCCCUGCAAGCCGCGUACCGCAAAGCCGAAGCCAACAUCAAGCGCGACGACGCGCCGAGCGCGGGGGAGAUAAGGCGUCUGGGCGUGUUGGAUGCGCCGCUCGAGGAGAAGAAUUUGAAGCCGAGCAAGUGGUUUCCGCACAAGGAGAUUAACUAGACUGGAAGUGAAUUGGUUUGGGGAGAUGGGAAUGAAAGUUCUCUGAGUAUUUUAUAUGCCUGUUUGAUCCAAGGUGAUGUGUGUUUUGCAUGUGUCAUGGUAUCAAUUGAUCCUCAUCCACGAAAU